UUUCCUCUUAUCUUCUUCGUUUUGCGAGCUUCUCGAGAGGUUCAACAAUGGCGUCUCGUUACGAGGUCGAGGUCACGAUAAGCUCCGCCCGAGACCUCAAGAACGUCAACUGGCGACACGGCGAUCUCAAACCCUACGUCGUGGUUUGGGUCGAUCCGGCCGCGAAGAGCUCCACCAAGGCCGACGUCGACGGCGACACCGAUCCUGUUUGGGACGAGAAGCUGAUCAUCCCUCUCGGUGAUCGAUCCAUCCAAGAUGCUGUCCUCUCGAUCGAUGUCGUUCACGCCGGUACUGCCGAGGAUGUGAAGCCGCUCAUCGGCUCUGCUCGGCUCCCGCUGCGCGAGGUCGUCGAUGAGGGCGGUUUUGGUGGGAAGGUGUCCCGAUCUCUCAAGCUUAAGCGCCCGUCGGGAAGACCGCACGGGCGGAUCGAGGUCAAGGUCGCCGUCAAGGAGCCCGCCCGAUACUACGAUCCCUACCCUGCGCCGUACGGCGCCGGCGUGUCCCGUGAUUAUCGCGAUCCUUACGGGUACGCCCCUCAACCUUACUCUGCUCCCGCCUCCUCUGGAUACCCUUACGCUGCACCUCCGUCCGGAUACCCUUCUGCUCCGCCUCCGUCCGGAUACCCUUAUGGGGCAGCGGCGCCGCCCCCGCCGAUGGGUGCAUAUGAUCAGGCAAGGUAUGGGACAGCGGCGCCGCCCCCGCCGAUGGGUGCAUAUGAUCAGGCAAGAUAUGGGACAGCGCCGCCGCCCCCGCCGAUGGGUGCAUAUGGUCAGGCAGGGUAUGGAGCGGCGCCGGUUGAGAAGAAGAAGUCGGGGAUGGGGAUGGGGACUGGGCUUGCGGUUGGAGCGGCCGCUGGGGUUCUCGGAGGGUUAGCGCUAGCGGAGGGUGUUGAUUACUUGGAGGACAAGGUAGCGGAUGAUGCUGCGGAGAAGGUUGAGGAUGAUCUUGGUUACAGUUACGGUGACGAUGACUACUGAUAAAAAAAAAAUACCAAUUAAAUACUGCAUAAUAAGUGAUCUAAAAGUGAAUGUUUUAAUGCUUUUGAAAUAUUUGAAAUUUCAAUA